AUGGCCAGGCCGCGACUCGUCACUGGCGGAUCUCCGCCAAUCGCAAUCGCUGCGCUUGUUCUGCUGACAGCAUUGCUGCUCGCAGUGCCGCGAUCGGCGGCGGACGGCGCGGCGGACUCGGACGUGCUGGAGCUGACGCCUGCGAAUUUCUACGACCACGUGGGAGGCGACUCGGUCGUGUUCGUGAAGUUCUACGCACCCUGGUGCGGGCACUGCCAGCGCCUGGCGCCGGAUUGGGAGAAGGUGGCGACGGCAUUCAAAGACUCUGACGCCAUCCGCAUCGCCAAGGUGGACUGCCAGGCGCACGCGGAGCUGUGCACCAACCACGAGGUCCGCGGAUACCCCACGCUCAAGUGGUUCCCCGCUGCUGGCCAGGGGGGCCCGGAGGACUAUGGAGGAGACAGGAAGGCCAACGUUUUCGUGGAUUUUAUCAACAGUCGACUCGGCACCAAGGGCAGGGUGGAGGCGGAGCAGGAGUCGCGGGUGAUGGAGAUGACCACGUGGGCCUUCCCCUCGGUCAUGCUGGAUGACACCAAGCACCUCUUCACCUACUACUAUGACGCUGCGUGCAAGCCAUGCAGGGAGAUGACAAAGACGGUGGAGAAGCUAGCGAAUAUAUUCAAGGGAGAGGAGAGCAUUGUGUUCGCCAAGGUGGAUGCGGACAACAACGGCAUGCUCGCACACAGGUUUAAGAUCACCGAGUUCCCAUUCUUCAAGUUCUUCACCAAAACCAACAAGUAUGGAGAGGACCUCAAGGGCGACCCCCUGCCCACGCUCACCGACCUCGUGCACUUCGUCAACCAAUGGACCGGCACCACGCAAUCCUCCUACGGGGUGCCUCUGGAUAAGGUGGGGCGGAUUGCUGAGCUGGAUGCGAUGGCGGGAAGUUUCCUGGAAGCGUCGGAGGCGGAGAAGCAGCAGUUGAUGGAGCGGGCGAUGGGAGUGGUGGUGGCACCUGAGCUGGAGGAGCACGGGGUGUUUUAUCAGAAAGUGAUGAAGAACAUAGUAGAGCAGGGCGAGGAGUAUGUGAGCAAGGAGCAUGCUCGCCUCUCCAAGCUGCUCGCAGGGUCCCUCAAGCCCACCAAGGUGGAGAAGCUGUCAGCUCAUCGCAACAUUCUGGAAGCAUUCCGCAAGCCGUGA